CCCAUCACACCCCCAAUCCUCUCUCUCUUUUUCCUCUUUUCCCUACCGCACAAAUCCUCCGCCCCUCCUUCUGGUUUUCUUCAUCUCGCCUCCUACGUUUUUUGUUUUCUUCUCUUCUUCCCCUUUUACUUAAUUGAGAAUGAAAUAGAAAGGGACAUAAACAUCAAACGUAGACACGAUGAAGCAACAGCCUUUGCUAACGCUUUCCGCGGCGUGCCAUUCCCACCGUCAAAUUCGAAGGUGAGUCUUCAUUCUUCAAUUCAAACGCCAGUUCUUAGAUUAUCUUAAUCACAAGUGUUUCUUUCUCUAAAAAAAUGCACAAAUUGCAAACUCCCAAAUCAGCCCCAAAUAUAGAAACAUAAACGUAUUGUUUGUUUUAAGAUGAAAAUUUUAUGAAAAUGGUAAGUGUUGAAGGCAGAUUGGGGGUUAUGUUUAGGGUUAUAUUGGUUCGAUUUUUUAAAUUUAUUUCGGAUUUUUUUUUGCAUUUAUGGUUAUAUUUGUUCAAUUUUUUUUUUAAUUUGUAUAUACAAUAUAUGUUGUUUGAUGUUGAAUGCUUAUUACAUUGUUAUUAGUAUGGCUUUGGGAUGAUUAUAAUUUUAUUUUUAUUCAACUAUUGCAUUUCACUUUUAUGCCUAUAAGGUGUUCAUUGAAAUGCUUCAAUGAAUUCUUUUGUUCAUAUCAUGGUUUUUUUGUAUUCCUCCUUUUGUGUUUAUAUGUUUCUUUGAAAAUGGCAAGUGUUGAAGGCAGACUAUGGAUCAGCGCGUGGGAUAUUGAGGAUCAGUGCGUGUACGCUAGUGACGUGGCUCACCGGACAUGGUGGAGGCUUCAUGACUCCAUGGAUGAGAGCUUGCGGGUUUCAGGAUUAGCAGAGCAGAGGAAGAUUGAAUUGGAGUGGGAUAUGAUUAUAGGAAUGUGGCUAGGAAAUUGGGUUUACAAAAUGAGCAUUUGAACAUUAAUGUCACAGAUCCUAGAACAUUUAACUGAUGUUUGUGCAAUUUGAUGUAACUCUUUUUGUUUCUUUUGGAGUUCUACUUUAGUUAUGGUUUAUAUUUUCAUUAACCUGGUUCACACAAUAUAUUGCAGAGAUGAGUAGCUUGGAGUUCAGUAUAUAGCAUUUGUGGUUUCUUACAUAACAUUUUCAUUCAGGCUAUUUUAAUAAACUACCACAUCAUUGUUGGGGUAAAUUUAGAAUAA